AUGAUGGGACGACUGGCUGGCAGCCUGGCGCCCUGCUUUAUGCGAGAUCUGGCAGCCGGCUGCAAGUACCAUCUCGCAUCAAAGCCGGCGCCGGAUGACGUCGAAGAUGAGGUAGACGAGUUGAUCGGCCAGGUGGAAGUAGAGGCGCAACGCAUGGUCGAGGAAGGAAGGAAGACGCUAGCUGCGCUGGAGGAAAAGAGACGACUUCAGGCGUCGAUGCCCGCCCCUCCCACGAGGGCGAGAAGGGGAGGCAUGCGGACCGCCAGAAUGCCACUGGUUAUCGCCGCAGAAAGUAAGCCACCGGAGCUUGUCAAAGUCGCAGAAGAACCAGCAAGUAACUCGAGUGUCGAGGCUCGUGAGAACGACGACAGCCACGAGGUCGACUUCGUGCCAAAGCCUGCUACGGAUAGCGUAGGGAUUUUCCCGACCGAAGAUUCCCACGACGCCGGCUUCGACUCUUUGAACGAGACAACCGAUGUUGAAACCCAGCACAGCAUCUCGGCAACGGCUUCUGGCUUUGGUAUAUCGGGCGUCGGUCGGGUAUAUUUCUCGCCCAAAUGCCUGGUCCUCGUGAAUAAUUAG